AUGACUCUCCGCGAUCUACCAUGGGUGACAAUACUCUUUUCCGGCGUCAUCGCGGCACUCGCGUAUGGGGCAAUGAGGCUCGUCCAAGUGCGGCGCUUCUACAAGGACCUUCCCAAGCCGCCUCACAGUUUCUUCUUUGGCCAUCUCAAAUUGCUAGGCGAGACCUUCAAGUUACUACCAAGCGAUGUGCACUAUCAAGCAGCAGCCGUCACAAUCGCCAGGAAGUAUAAUAUGCCUGGUCUGUUCUAUCUUGAUUUGUGGCCAAUCGCAUGGGGGCAGAUUGUUGUUACAGAUCCACAUGUCGCACUCGAAAUGACAGCCAUUCGAAACCACCCCAAGCAUGAAGCAGAAGGACUAGUCAUUGACCCCUUGAUUGGGAAUGGGAAUAUCGUCACGUCGAAUGGACCACAGUGGAAGCACCUCCACAAGAUGUUGAGUCCUGCUUUCGCCAUCUCGCACAUCACCAACAUGAGACCAAUGGUUGCCGACGAGGUAAUGAAGUUUCGGUCGAUUCUUCACGAGAAAGCCAAAUCUGGUGAGAUUUUCAAACUGGAGGACCCUACUCAGCACUUAACGUUCGACGUGAUCUCAACUGCGACCUUUGGGCGAUCUCUCGACGCUCAAACAAAUGGCAGCCCUGCUCUGCAGCACUUUGAGAACAUGUGUCGUGCUUUCAUGACAUCCCGAGAGUCCCUUAACUACAUCCGGAAUUUCUUUGUCAACAGGAAGGUUUUUGCCGAAAGAGAUAAGCUGGAUGCCAUCAUAGUAGAUCUCAUCAAAGAGAGAUUCGAGAUUGUAAAACGUGACAAGCUCGAUCUCUCGGAAAAGCGAGGGCUAGGAAUCAUGGAUCUCAUCUUGCGAGAUUAUGUUGCAGAACGACAGAACGACGUCGAGAAGCUCGAUCUCCAAUUCAUCGAAGACGCUCUAACACAGGUUAAGACGCUCUUGAUCGCCGGGAGCGGAACCACGUCAGAUACCGUCUGCUUUGGAGCUAUGAUGCUCAGCGUUCAUCCUGAAGUAGUUCAUAAGAUGCGGGAAGAGCACGACCGCGUCUUCACCCCCGGUAUUGAUGCGACUUACGAGAUGCUAAAAACGGAUCCGUAUAAACUGAACGAACUUACGUACACAAAUCAUGUUGUCAAGGAGGUCCUCAGAUUCUUCCCGAUAGGCAAUACUGCGCGUAAAGGUAUCGAUACUCUCACAUACCAGGGUCGGGAAUGGCCGGCCAAAGAUCUCAUGAUCUGCCCAGUCCAACUGGCUAUGCACAUGGAUCCUGCGAUAUUCCCAGACCCGCUCAAGUUUGACCCCGAUCGGUUUGCACGAGAAGACUUCCCGCGUCACGCAUGGCGUCCAUUCGAAAGAGGGCCACGUGCCUGCCUCGGCCAACCGCUGGCUAUGGAUGAGCUGUUGGUCACAUUCUUGUUAACUAUAAGAGAUUUCGACUUUACUUGCGCAGACUUGAACCCCAACGAGACGCCUCGAGUAGACUGGUACGAUCUGGACUUGACCUUCGGUGACCGCGCCUUCCAGGAGUUUGUGUUUGAGGCCAAACCACGCGACGGUAUGCCGAUGACAGUCAGCAAAUCUAGCUGGCCAUCGUAG